UUGUACCCUUCCGUCUGUAUGGUACAGUACCUGAGGUUGUACCUUACUGACAUUGUGCAGUGCCGGGUUGUACCAUACAUUUGUUGUGGUACAUCAUUGUACCCUUCUGUCUGUAUGGUACAGUACCUUGGGUUGUACCUUACUGACAUUGUGCAGUGCCGGGUUGUACCAUACAUAUGUUGUGGUACAUCAUUGUACAGUGCCGGGUUGUACCAUUCAUUUGUUGUGGUACAUCAUUGUACCCUUCCGCCUGUAUGGUACAGUACCUGGGGUUGUACCUUACUGACAUUGUACAGUGCCGGGUUGUACCAUACAUUUGUUGUGGUACAUCAUUGUACCCUUCUGUCUGUAUGGUACAGUACCUGGGGUUGUACCUUACUGACAUUGUGCAGUGCCAGGUUGUACCAUACAUUUGUUGUGGUACAUCAUUGUACAGUGCCGGGUUGUACCAUACAUUUGUUGUGGUACAUCAUUCUACAGUGCCGGGUUGUACCAUACAUUUGUUGUGGUACAUCAUUGUACCCUUCCGUCUGUAUGGUACAGUACCUGAGGUUGUACCUUACUGACAUUGUGCAGUGCCGGGUUGUACCAUACAUAUGUUGUGGUACAUCAUUGUACCCUUCCGUCUGUAUGGUACAGUCCCUGGGGUUGUGCCUUACUGACAUUGUACAGUGCCACGUUGUUCUAUACAUUUGUUAUGGUACAUCAUUGUACCCUUCCGUCUGUAUGGUACAGUACCUGGGGUUGUUCCUUACUGACAUUGUACAGUGCCACGUUGUACCAUACAUAUGUUGUGGUUCAUCAUUGUACCCUUCCGUCUGUAUGGUACAGUACCUGAGGUUGUACCUUACUGACAUUGUGCAGUGCCGGGUUGUACCAUACAUAUGGUGUGGUACAUCAUUGUACGGUGUAUCCUUUUGUCUGUAUAGUACAGUACCUGGGGUUGUACCUUACUGACAUGGUGCAGUGCCAGGUUGUACCAUACAUUUGUUGUGGUACAUCAUUGUUCGGUGUACCCUUCUGUCUGUAUGGUACAGUACCUGGGGUUGUACCUUACUGACAUUGUACAGUGCCACGUUGUACCAUACAUUUGUUAUGGUACAUCAUUGUACCCUUCCGUCUGUAUGGUACAGUACCUGGGGUUGUACCUUACUGACAUUGUACAGUGCCGGGUUGUACCAUACAUUUGUUGUGUUACAGUAACUUGUGUUCUACCCUACACUCAGUAUAGUACGGUGACUUGGGUUGCACCCUACCAUGUUGAUAAAGAUGCUACAUGCGGAUGUAUGCUACACUUGAUUGAUCUGUGUGGCCAUGUUGGCAUAUUUAUACAAUAAUUCUUUCCAUUAAGUCUGUCAUUUUGAUGUUUUGAGCAUAUACAUGUACAGCAAGUUCUUAAAAAUGAAUCUAUUAUUGCUAAUUUAAUUGUGGGCAAAUUGAGAUGUGGAGAGAUAUUGAUGAAUACAUAUAUAUGAGAAGUUAUGUUUUUGUUGUGUAAAUAUAUAUUGUACUUUGUUUUUGUAUUUAGUUUAUGAUGAUACUACCUGUAGAGAAAUCAAGGUUGUGGACUAUUUUCUAUUUGUGAGAGAUUUAAGUUGUAUGUUUGCUGAUUUCAGAAAAUUAACAUAUCCUUUGAAGAUUUUUUCAAAAAUAUUUCAUUUUCUGUGUCUCUAUUUAUAUUGUUUUGUUUUUGCUUUGAUAAAAAAAUCAUCUUUAGCAUAUAUAGAUUUAUUUAUUAUUUGUUUCUGUGAUUCAUCCAACCUUUUAUUCCCAGCUGACAGUUCAAGGUCACUUGCUGGUAACUAUAGUAAUGGUAGUGUUUGUUUAUGUAUGUAAAUAGACAGAAAAUGCCAAUGCAUUGCUGAAAAAUGUAAAAUUUCCUACAAAUCAACAUAUGGGUACUGCAUUUACCAGUAUAUUGUGUUUUCUGUUGAAUUUUGCAAGAUUCGGAAAUUCAAUAACUGUCCUUUUUUAUGACUGAUUCAAAGGAAUAUUGAUGAGACAGUAGACCUGAAAUCAGAAUCAUGGAUGAUGAUGUUCCUUCGUGCUUAGCCAGCAAGUGAUCUUGAUGAUGUCAUCCACUUUCAGUUACAAACAUUACUUCCAUAAUUCCUUUCAUUUUUAUGCAUCAUUAACUUUUUUCAUAUUUUGUAAUCGUUGAAAAAUUAUUUUGUAUGAAAAUUCAUAUGUAUUACAUUGAAAUGUGAACAUGUUUAGUAUAGGUUGUAGUGAGGUACCUACAAUAAAUGUCUCUGUGUUAAGUGUAGUUUUUAGUGAGGUACCUACAAGCAAUGUGUCUGUUUAGUGUAGUUUGUAGUGAGGUACCUGCAAGCAAUGUGUCUAUGUUUAGUGUAGUUUGCAGUGAGGUACCUACAAGCAAUGUGUCUAUGUUAAGUGUAGUUUGUAGUGAGGUACCUACAAGCAAUGUGUCUAUGUUUAGUGUAGUUUAUAGUGAGGUACCUACAAGCAAUGUGUCUAUGUUUAGUGUAGUUUGUAGUGAGAUACCUACAAGCAAUGUCUAUGUUUAGUGUAGUUUGUAGUGAGGUACCUACAAGCAAUAUCUCUAUGUUUAGUGUAGUUUGUAGUGAGGUGCCUACAAGCAAUGUGUCUAUGUUUAGUGUAGUUUGCAGUGAGGUACCUACAAGCAAUGUGUCUAUGUUAAGUGUAGUUUGUAGUGAGGCACCUACAAGCAAUGUGUCUGUUUAGUGUAGUUUAUAGUGAGGUCCCUACAAGCAAUGUGUCUGUUUAGUGUAGUUUAUAGUGAGGUACCUACAAGCAAUGUGUCUAUGUUAAGUGUAGUUUUUAGUGAGGUACCUGCAAGCAAUGUGUCUAUGUUUAGUGUAGUUUGUAGUGAGGUACCUACAAGCAAUGUGUCUAUGUUUAGUGUUUUUUUAGUAUAUACAAUUAAUGUUGUAAUUUGUAAUCGGCUAACAUUAAGCAAUUUGUCAAUACGUAAGGUAUAGUUUGUAGCGAGGUACCUACAAUCAAUUUGUCUAUGUUUAGUAUAGUUUGUAGUGAGGUACCUACAAGCAAUAUCUCUAUGUUUAGUAUAGUUUGUAGCGAGGUACCUACAAGCAAUAUCUCUAUGUUUAGUGUAGUUUGUAGUGAGGUACCUACAAGCAAUGCAUGUUUUCAUGUUUCGUGAAGUUUGUCCCAACAGUAGAUUAUAAAAUCCUUAUACACACCUCAGACCUCAACAACCAGAAUAUCUGGAGUAUUUAAAAAAAAGAACAUUAUAUCAUGAAAAGAACAAUUAACAUUUUAAAAUCAAUCAAAUCCAUUUUUUUUACCCUAACCUAGUGAUGAUGUAUACAGAAAUUGAGUUUUUGUUAUCAAUGAAAAUGUUGAAGUGAAGUUGUUUUAAGUAAACAAUGAUCAUUGAAUAUAUCAGCUUGCAUCAGAAAUUCUGGCAAUUUUUUGUUAUAUUGACACAAAUCUAAUUUGUCAUUGCAAAACAAUAUAUCUUUGGUAUAAUGCCAUUUAGUUGAGUUUUGUAAUGGGUUUCAACGAUCAUAGAGAAAGUUUUGAUUAUAAACAAUAAAAAAAAAGUCAUACAUGUAAUUACAAACAAAAAAAAGCCAAAUAAUUAAACCUGGAAAAGUCUUCAACCCAUCAAACCCCGAGUAGGGACAGCUGUACCAGUUGUAUACUGCAGAUAUAUAAUGGUCUGAUAGAUGUGGUACAAUACUAUAUAUAGCCUCUGUAUUGCAAUAUACCAGUUUUCCAAUAUAUUGUGACAGUCCAAUAUUUACCAUGAGAUUUUAGUAGAAAGUGUAAAUGUAACUUACGAUGUGAUUAUUUGUGUCUGUGUAAAUUAGAAUGUGAUGAUUGUUGUCGGUGUGAAUUAGUAUACAUGUAUGAUUGUGAUCUUGUGGCUUAGGUUGUGGUUGUUUGUGUCCUUUUGUAUAGAGCGGCAAUCGUUUGUAGUGUUGUGACUUAAAAUGUGAUCUUUGAUGCAGUUAUUUUGUAUUAUUUUGCUUUAUAUUAUUAUUUUUGUCCCUUUGUUAAAUGGAUGUGAUCAUUUGUCUCACUGUGCCUUAGAAAUCCUUACAUGUCUCACGAAUGUUAUCAUGUUUGUCCCUGUGCCUUAGUACGAGAUCUCGUGGAUGUUAUCAUUUUUGUCCUAGUGCCUUACGACGUGAAGUGUCGCUGUGGACUUGUCAAGUUCUACAUAUCAUAUUAUGUAUAAUGCAUCAGUGUGAAGCUCUUGUUGAGAACUAGGAACAACGGCACUGUUCCUUUAUAUAAGUCUACCACAUGAUCUGCAGGUGUACAGCCAAAUUUUUUUGUUACACAUUUUCAACCAUUGAGGAUGGAAUUUGCAUGAAAUUCUUUCAAAAGAUUUUGAACUUGCAGCUUUUUAUAUACCAAUUUUUCUUAAAUAUCUUAAACAGAAAAACAACUUUUAUUGACAUGAAAUUUUUAAUGUUUUGUUCAAAUAAAGGAAGCUAAUUGUUGAGUAAAUCAAAAGCAAGCCUCUAAAGGGUCAUAGAUAGUGGUUUUCCUCAGGUAGAGAUUAUGAAGAUUUGUAUGUGAAUGUAAGGACAUUUUAUUGUUUCUAUGAUGAUAAGUGAUUUUACUGUGGUUGGCUUGAUUGAAGGCUGUACUAAGGACAGCCGUGUGUCUGAUAAGCUCUUGUAUGAUGUGCCAACUGUGAAUAAAUAAUAUCGAGCAAUCAG